AUGUCGCGUUGCUCGAGGAACGCGCUAUCCCAUCCACCGUGCGUGCGUAACGAGCCCGAAGCUACCACGCUCAGCGCCCCAGUAGGAAGUCCUGGCAAACAGAGAGGCAGAGCUGAAUACCUACGUAGCCGGUGGCAAGACUACAGUGGGGAUAGCCAGGAUGAUGGCACCAACGGCGAGCUGGGAAUAGGAAUUUCGACGUGCGAGUCCGAAAACGACAUCACGCGGGAGUUGAUGGAAGUUCGCGGACGAGUACCCAUGGCAAAUCCACAAGACGAGCAGACGGACACGCAACUGGGUAAUACUACGGACUCGAACGGUACUAGUAGGCAACACUAA